UCUAGUGUUUAGUGCGAAGAAUGAAAACUUUUCUCGCACUGACCCUGCACACACAAGUUUCUCCAAAGCAGCGUUUUCCCACAAGACGCGGCGAAUCCGGGUGUGACGUCAUCGCGCGCCGCGAUACAUCGCAGACAACGAAUUUACUUCAAACAACUUUAACUUUCACUAGGAAACGAUCAACAACGAAUUACUAAAGCGAAAAUAUAAUAAAGUUGUAAGAGUCCUGGACCGGUGGGAUGAAAGCUCGUCGACGUCCAGGUUGCCUCGGCUCUCUCGCCCGCCGACGAUGAAAAUGGUGGCGGAACACGACUCGGGUUGGGGGUUUCUGCCCUCAGCGAGACCGCCCAGGCGCAGCGCCAAGCCCUCGCGAAAGUGAAGUGCGAGUCCGUCACCGCCCCGGCGUUCACACGGAGAAAUGGGCUGCGCCGGGAAAUUUCUGCCGCGCCUCGUACCCCGGGUGGUCGCGGUCUUGGCUCUGCUCCGACUUUCAGAAACAUUGGAUAUGACCAUUUUUAGAAGUCCAAAGAAUGUACUUUUGUAUACGGACAUUACCUUGGAAUGUAAAGUUACUGAUUUUGGAUCGCCCGUUCUUGACCUAUCAAACGUAGGUGUUCAAUGGUUGUAUGGAUCCCAAAAGAAAGAAAUCUACAUCUUUAAUGCAGGAACAGUUACCGCUAAACGAUCUGGAGCCAAAAUAUCUACAACUGAAUUACAGAAAGGAGAUGCUUCACUUUAUCUUCCAAAUAUCCAAUUAAGUGAAGCAGGAGAAUACAGCUGUGUUGUGCUUGUCACUCCUGACAAAGUGGAAAAGAGCUCACGAGUUGUGGUUUUGGCUAAGCCAAAGGUGCUUCUAUCCACACAACACAUUACCAUUCUGAAUGGUACAGAGAAAUCUGUCUGGUGUAAUGCUACGGAAUUUUAUCCUCAGAAUCAUGAAAUCUUCUGGGAAAAGAUAUCCAGAGGGAAAGCUGAGAGAUUGGAAAGACAUGUCUACACUGGAGCUGUGGUUUCUAAUAAUGAUGGAACAUUUAAUGUUUCCAGUAAUAUUAGAAUUGUACCAACUCUGAAUGAUGAUGGUAAUAUAUACAAGUGUACAGUGAGACAUCAGUCCCUUCCAGAUGAACUUUCACAGGAGGUGAAACUCACAGUUGAAGAGCCAGAAUCAACUUCAACAGCAGCAGUGGGUAUUCCUGCAUUUCUAGGAGGACUUGCAUUAUAUUUCCCGUUUGCCGCAGGGGUUCUUGCUUAUUUCUGGAUCUUUCUAAAAGACAAUGUUGACAAGCAAGAUGGCAGCAAUCCAGCAAAAAGUGAAGGUAAAUAUCAACAAAGUUGUCAUCUCCAGACAGAGACUUGAGCACUUUAUGGCGAACUACUUUUCCCUUGAGUGUCUGUCAUGUCAUCCACUCCUCAAGUAUUAUAAGGUGGACUGGAUUUUUAUGGUAGACUCUGGUGUGAACUUCCAUACCUAAAGAUGCUUCUAAUCUAGGCAUGGGCAAACUACGGCCCGCGGGCCAUAUGCGGCCCGUUAAGCUUUUUAAUCCGGCCCGCAGAACUUGAUGAAAUUAUAUUAAUAAACCUUGUUAACGUUUUUUCCCCGCAAUUCUGGCGUUUUCCCAAUAGAUGACGCACUCUAUAUACAUUGACCUUUGUUGAGGUGCAGCGUAUUACUCCACAUUUGCGCUUUACUCUUUGUUUGGCUCGACCUAUUUGUGUGAACAGGCGUUCAGCAUCAUGAACAUCAACAAAGCCAGCCACAGAUCCAAGUUAACUAACCAACACCUCAGAUCCAUCCUGAGAAUCGCCACAACAAAACUAAAUCCAGACUUUGAUGCGCUGGCUAAAAAGGGAGACCAACAACACUCUUCCCACUGAAAUUAAAAAUAAGUUUCUUCGUUGUGUUAUGUAAAAAAUGCAUUUGAAAAUAUUUUUUUCAAUAAGCCUUACAUGUUACAUGACAUUUCUGUUAAGUGAUGGACAUGAGUAGUGCGCAGGUGCACGUACGUUCUCAAAAUACAAAAUGCGCUCCAGAUCAAAUAACGUGCUCCGCAUACUGGCGCGCUGUCAUUGUUCUGUCUUUGUGCUGGUCGUUGUUGAGUUUUGGCACAGGAGACAAUUGAAUAAGAAGGAGCAGGACAAGUAGACCUGCAUCUCCUACCGUUUUUGAAAUAAAGACAGUCAGGAGAGUGAUGAUGAUAAUAUCUUGAAGGAUAACAGAAUUUUCAGUGCUUUAAAAUAAUAAGUGUUACUAUUAAAAAAAGCUGUAUUUUAUUCAUUUAAUUUUCAGUGUUUUAAAAGUCAUUUCAAUAAAUAGCUACAUACCAUGGGACUUCAAAGACAGAUAUUUUGUUGUAAUGCAUUUGUUCAUUUUCAAUUGAAAUUAAAGCACAUGUUUUCUACAUAUCCCAUGAAAUUUUAUUUUCUCUUAUGAGGUGUAUUACCAAAACACUCCAUCCAUCUGCUCCUGGUCUGGCCCCCCUGUCAAAUUUUAGAACCCUUUGUGGCCCACAAGUCAAAAAGUUUGCCCACCCCUGUUCUAAUCACUUUAGUCCUCCAUUUUAAAACAAGAUCACUUCCCUUUUCUUCCACAAAGCAAUGAAUACUGACUCUGUUGUCAAGAAUCUUACUGAGCAUGCAUCCCACACUUUCAUCUGACACAUAUUUGUGACUUCUGCAUUGAUAAAUAAACUCCCUUAUCAUUGUAUCUCUCUUCUCUAUGGAAUGGGAUGGAGGAAAUGAGGGUGGUUCGGAUCCUGAAAUGCUGACAAGGAAAGAUGGGUAAACUGGCAUGUGAUCCACUGUUUUAAGAGUACCUAGAAAGGAGAAGGAUAGUCCGGAUGAGGGUGUUUAGAAAUAUGAUAUUUUUAAUGUCUCUAUGAGAAUGUGAUAUGACUGGUAGUCAGUUGGAAAAGAAGGCACAUUUGGCCUGCUGGCCUGCAUCAGGGAAUUGAAUGUAGGGGGCCAGGGCAUUGCAUUACAGUUAUACAAGAUGUUGGUAAUGCAGCACAUGGAGUAUUGUGCUCAGCUUUGUUUACUCUCAUGGAAAAGAUAUCAUUGGCUGGAAAGAGUGCAAAGCAGAUUUAUGAGAAUGUUGCCAGGACUCAAGGGGGUGAGUUAUAGGGAGAGGCUGAGCAGCUAGGACUUUAUUUUUUGAAGUAUCGGAGACUGAGAGGUGAUUUUAUUAUAUUAUAUAAUAUAUAAUGUAAUAUUAUAUGGGCAUAGUCAGGAUGAAUGCAUGAAUCUUUAUCCCAUCAAAUGGAAUGGAAAAACUAGAGAGCAUUGGUUUAAAUUGAAAGGAGGUAUCUCAUGUUAAAAGUGAUCCAGAACUACUUCAAGCUAAAUAGCCUGCAACAUUUAGCAUCUUGAAUGGAUAAGUUCCUGCGAAAAUCAAAGUAGAAUAGUAUAAAGAUGGAAAGGCACAAAAACAGGUCAUCUUGAGAUUGUAGAAGUUGGCCUGAUUUCAUCAAUUACAAGCAUAACGUUUACACUAGCAAAAACAGAUCUUGUAAGUUGUAUAAAAUGUGAGGUGGUUCACAAAGAGACAAAGAAAGUUCAAAAGAAAGAAUUAAAGUUAUGCCUUCAAGGAAGAUCUUGUAUUAGACAGAUAAUAGAUACUUUAUUGAUCCCAAAGGAAAUUACAGUGUCAGAUUAGAAUUAAAAGUGCACAGAUAUAAAUAUCAGAAAGGAAAAGGAUACCUCAUACUGUCCAACAGUAGGGGUUAUCAUUUAACCAGCUAUCGGCUGUCUAAUUAUAGAGCCUAAUAGCCGAAUGUUAGAAUGACUUUAUAUAAUGCUUCUGGAGCAGCAUGGUAGAUUUGGUCUAUUACCCAAAGUUCUCUGUUCAGCCAAUGUGGCAUACAGAGGGUGAAAAUCAUUGUCCAGAAUCUCCAGGAUUUUCUGUAGUGUCCUUUGUUCUACAACAGCCUGUAGUGUGUCCAGUUGAACACCCAUGAAAGAGCCAG